ACCGCCCAGCCCUAGGUGUAGUUGCGCAUGGCAACCAAUCAAAUCGCUUUUUUCAUUUUUCACAGGUGUCUUUAAACGUUAAAGAAACAAUCUGAUUGGUUGCCAUAGGCAACUGCACCACUUAUCCUCCGGACAGAUUUUGAUAAAUCUCCCCCAUGGUGUGCAGAGAGGCUUGUGCUUCCGGGUCAUAGCCCCUUGACCUUUUAAGUGCUGUAGCUCUCCCCUUAGGUGUGAUCUCGCGAGAUUUCGCGAGUAGUCACGCCGGCUCUGGGGGGGGGCGGAGUUUUGGCAGGUAAUUUAAAAAGCCCUUGGUCUCUGAUGGUCUCUGCUCGUUCCUGACAGCAGAGAUCAAGAUGUCCGGCUAUGUGGAAAGUGGGAAGAAAAGCAGGAAAUCUCAUCAUAGGGAAUGCCAGAGCUGUAGGCAGCCGCUCCCUGACGACUAUAUUCAGGACCGCUGUACUCUCUGCGGUCCUGGCAGAGUAUCAUCUCCCAACACAGAUACCAGACAUUUUAUUCAGUGGUUUAAAUCCCAAAUGUCUUCAACCUUUGGGAAAACGAUUUCUUCUACACGUUCCGCGCCUUGCUCCAGAAAACGCAAAAGAAGAUCAUGUCCGGUGGUGGUGCCGCCAUCGUCCACCUCUUCUUCAACAAAACCAGAGAGAGCAGUUUCUGUUUCCUCAUCGGACGAUGAGGGUGAAGAUCAUAACCUAUUUGACCAGUCAAAAACGCCUAAACUGGUCAAGGCUGUAAAAGGUGCGGUGGAGUCUGGGAAGGCUUCCAACCUGCCUAAGAAAAAUCUACCCUUCUUUUUUCCUCGUAAUGAGAACAGGAACUUACCUGUUCACCCGGUAAUUUCCAAGAUGUUGGUCGAAGGAUGGGAGAAGCCAGAAAGAAAACUGGAUCUGGGGUCCCGCUUUAAGUCUCUGUAUCGGGUGGAUCCAUCGGUGAUGGAAAAAUGGGAAAACCCUCCUAAGCCCGACCUGCCAGUGGUUAAGCUGGUGUCGAAGGCGAUCUUUCCUUCUGAGGAGUAUACGAAAUUGAAGGAACCCAUGGACCGUAAAGCAGACUCUUUAUUGAAAAAUUCUUACGUCAUUUCGGCUUCAGCCUGUAAAGUCGCUAUGGCGGCUGUCCCGGUCUCCAGAGCUCUACGCAUCUGGCUCAGUCAGAUUACUCGAGACUUACAAGAUGGUGUGCCAAGAGAGGACAUUAUUAAAAAUAUGGCCCUAUUACAAUCGGCGUCGAGUUUUCUUGCUGACGCUCAUGUGGAUUCUUUAAGACUGGCUGCAAAAAAUUUGGCGGUGGCAAACUCCGCUAGAAGGGCGCUCUGGAUCAAAGCUUGGUCCGGGGAUACCCGCUUAAAAAACUACUUAUGCUCAUUGCCCUUUCAACCGGAGAGUAUGUUCGGUACUCAGCUUGAGGACUUUAUUAAAUCCCUUUGGGAGUAUGAGGAGGCGGAGUUGCCUCAGCCGAAAAAGAAGCCUUCUUUCCGGCCCUUUUGGUCCAGGUCUCGUCGCUACCCUAAAAAUAGGAGGUGAUGUUCGGGCAAACAACAAGGGAGAAGACCCCGAGGAAAUUUCCAGAGAACUGAAUGAGAUCUGCAAAUCUGCCACAUGGUCUACUGUGUGCUGCCUGAGGACCUCCAGGAAGAGGAAAAUACUUGCCAAAAUAUUCUUUUCCUGUAGGUGGCACAGCACCCCUCCCUUGAA